CGGGAGCGCAAUAAAUAGCGUUCGGCUCGUUGUAAGGCUCCUGAAAUGAAUGUGUGCAGGGACUCGGGUUAGCCCUUCUCUCCGGUGCAGGAGGGGUGUCUGCUGCUGGAUACCUCCACCUUUCUCUCCUGCCUUCACUGCUGGGGCUGCUGGGCUCCAGUGGGUCGAGUGGCGCUGCCCAACUUCUCACCAGCCUUGCAGGUAGAGGAGAAUCCGUAACAAGAUUGGGGAGAAAAAGAAGAUACAAGGUUGUUGUUUUUUUCCAGUCCAUGGAAAAGUAACCUGUUGGAUUAUCAUCUGGAAACUGUGGAAAGUACCAACAUGAGCAACGAGGGGCCAGUGAACCCCGGCACAUCUACAGUGCCUGAGGGCCUGAAGAGAAAGAGGGGAAGACCAAAGAAGCAGCCCCAGGAGGAGGCUGUGGGACCGUUGCCAGCAAAGAAACCACGAGGAAGACCAAAAGGAAGCAAGAAGGUGACUGCUGUAUCUGGACAAAUGGUAGAGUCUUCUGGGAAAAGGCCAAGAGGGAGGCCCCGCAAGUGGCCCAAACCAGUGGCCCAAGAAGGAGCGUCUCAGGAAGGAAAUCCUCAGGGAAGCAGUGACUGGAAUUUGAACUCAGCGCCAGCCACCCAAGGCAUCACUGGAAAAGACGGUUCCAGGCCCGGCAAAACUACUGGUGUUAGGAGAUCUCUGAGCAACAUCCCUGCCACAGCUCAGUAGUAUGCCACCUGUUCAUGUCCUGCUGAAGCCAAAGGACUGGAAAUCAAACUGGAUUUUUAAUGUCAUACUUCAGAUUCUUCCGUUGUGAUAGUUUUGGCCAAGCUUUCUCUCCGGUUGUCUGCUGGCUUACCCCAAACAUAGAACAGGGACUUAGGGGAAGAAAUGGCAAAUGCCUUGUUGGAGAGAUGCUUUUCACAGUUUGUAGUGUAUGUCUUUUGUGAAGUUAUUAAUCUUUCUUAAAAAUACUUGGAUAACACGGUGCCUUGCCCUGCCACGGACAGCAAUAGUUCAACAGAAAGGUAGCAUUGACUCAGUAAUGCAGAA